UUGCCCAGAACUAGUCAAUGUAGCGCCAAGACUGAAGGGAUCGUGCAAGAGCUAUUUCAAUUUUAUGAAUUGUUCCAACUUGGGUUAUGUUUAUGGGGAAAAAUGUGAGGCUUCUGCAAUAAAGGUAGCACUUGAGCUGCUGAAACAUCAUGUUCGCAAGGUAUCAUUCACUGAAUUUACUGUUAUUAUUCCUGGAGGUGGGAUUCCAGUGUGGUCUGAGCACGAGCAGAGUCACCCUUCAAAGAGUAUCAAUCUGCCUGGAGAUUGGUACAAGGAAAGUUUGAGGGGUUUAGCUUUUUGGGCUGUUUUUGAAGUCGACGACUAUGACUCUGAUAAUGGUACAGCCAUGGAAAUGCAAUGCGGAUUUGAACUUUAUUUGGUGCAUAACAACUACAAGGUGAUUCCUGAUACUGGAUUUUUUAUAAAUAGAAGUAGCAAGGUUGUGUCAGAUCAUUUGUGGUUGCAUUAUAUACCGUCAUGUUCAUUCAGUACGACAAGGAAGAUGGGUAGUUGGACUCAGCUAAAGGCUGUUCUGCUCACUCGUGGCAAAGGCUUGCGGGUGAAAAAGUGUGGCGUGUACCCAAUGUGCUGUUUGCCCAAUGGGAGAGUAGCUAUUUAGAGGAUAGUCAAGGCAAGAUUUUUUUUUUUUUUUUUUCCUUCACUGGGAUGAAAGUUAUAACAAUAGUAAAUAAUUUCUCAGUAAUUUUUUUCCAAAACCCAUGGACUAAAGUAAAGAGGUGAAGCAUGAUUUUAUUGAAUGCAAUUGCUUCCCAAUGAAAUAUACUCGUAUAGGUUAGCUGGUUUUGCAGUAAGGAAAUUUUAUGCUGAGAAAUAUACUAGAAUGAUGAACGUUCUCAUUGGCAAUUUCUCAAACAAUUUUAUGCUGAGAGCACUUGAUUGAAAUAAAUCAAUAAAUCAUCCUGUAGUCCAUAAGCAAUUCACCUAAAUCAUCCUUACACUCUAGAUUUUCAGUUUUCUUUUCCGCCUA